UAAUUUCAUUUUUUCUUCAUAUUACGGAGCACGACAUCGGAGACUGAGGGCGGCGGCGAGCUUCACCGGCGGUGUUUCACGGCGGCCCUCUCAAUCUCCAUUUUUCUCGGUUGAAUAAAAGCUUCAAAAAGAGCAGAAAAUUGGAAAAAUCACAAAAAAUAUAUUUGGGUUUUGUUUACUUUGAUUUGCACAUUUGAUUUCUUUUAGAUCUCAUGAUUACUUGUUCGUUAUCGUGGCGGUUUCUGAAUUGUUGAUGCGACGAUCGCAUGCCCGUCCUAGGGUGAAGAGUAAAUCAGAUAUGGAUCCGAUUAAGUUCCAGAUCCGUUCCGGAAACCGAGCAUCGUCUUCUUCGUCGACGUUCACGCUCACGAAAUCCAAUGCGAAACACGCUAAAUCGAAUCUCUUGUUAACCGUCGCUUCCAUCGUCACCGUAUUAGGAUUUCUCUUUGUCUGCUAUUUAAUUCUAUUCUCCGACGGUAAUCGGAGAGGACGGCUUCGUUACAGCGUCGUGAUCGACGGCGGAAGCACGGGGACCCGAAUCCACGUUUUCGGGUACAGGAUUGAGUCGGGUGAACCCGUUUUUGAAUUCAGAGGAGCGAAUUACGCUAGCUUGAAGCUGCAUCCGGGUCUUUCGGCGUACGCCGAUGAUCCUGACGGAGCGAGCGUGUCGUUGACGGAGCUGGUGGAGUUCGCGAAAGGGAGGAUUCCGAAAGGAAUGUGGAAGGAGACUGAAGUAAGGUUAAUGGCGACGGCGGGAAUGAGAUUGCUUGAAGUAUCUGUUCAGGCAAAUAUUCUGAAAGUUACCAGAAGAGUUCUUAUGUCUUCUGGGUUCAUGUUUCGUGAUGAAUGGGCCUCUGUUAUCUCUGGCUCUGACGAAGGUGUGUAUGCUUGGGUCGUUGCAAAUUUUGCUCUUGGUUCGCUUGGUGGUGAUCCUCUUAAAACAACCGGAAUUGUUGAGCUUGGUGGGGCUUCUGCGCAGGUGACAUUUGUGUCAAGUGAGCCAAUGCCUCCUGAGUUCUCACGUACAAUAUCAUUUGGAAAUGUUUCAUACAAUCUAUACAGUCACAGUUUCCUUCAUUUUGGGCAGAAUGCUGCACAUGAAAAAUUAUGGAGCUCACUUGUGUCAAAAGACCAGAAUUCAGAACCUACAGGGCAAGGAAUAUUUACAGAUCCCUGUGCUCCAAAAGGUUACGACCCCGACAGAAACACACAGAAGCGUUUGUCUGGAUUUUUGUCUGAAGAAAGCAGAUUAUUAGCUUCUUUUCAAGCUGGGGGUAAUUACUCAGAGUGUCGAGCCGCUGCAUUAACAAUCUUGCAAGAAGGAAAUGAGAAAUGCUCGUAUCAGCAUUGUUCUAUUGGAUCAACUUUCACGCCUAAGCUUCGUGGAAGAUUUUUAGCUACUGAAAAUUUCUUUUACACCUCUAAGUUUUUCGGGCUGGGAGAAAAAGCGUGGCUGUCUAAUAUGAUUUCAGCUGGAGAGAGAUUUUGUGGUGAAGAUUGGUCGAAGUUGAGAGUUAAAGACCCGUCACUCGAAGAAGAUGAUCUUCUUCGGUAUUGUUUCUCAUCGGCAUAUAUAGUGUCAUUGCUUCACGAUACUCUCGGCAUUCCUCUUGAUGAUGAAAGAGUCGGGUUUGCGAGUCAAGCAGGAGAUAAUAUACCGCUGGAUUGGGCAUUAGGUGCAUUCAUUCUUCAGACUGAAACGUCGACGUCUCAACAGGCAGCCUCUAGUAACCUCCAUUGGUUCUAUGGUGUGUUCGUUAAUGACUCGAAGACGCUUUUCUAUCUCAUUGGGGUACCGAUCCUUAUGACAGUUUUGGUAUGUUUGGUAUCUAAGUGGAGAAAACCGCAGCUGAAAACGAUUUACGACCUUGAGAAAGGUCGAUACAUAGUCAGCCGCAUUAGAUGAUCUCGGUUUAAACUGGUUUUCACAUGAGUAGUCUUUGCCUCUCAAAAAGCCUGUGAUUGUGAAGUUGAUCCCAUCUUGUAAGGUAAGCUUUGUAUCGAACGAGCAGCAUAUGAAUGAGUGAUUUAUAUGUAUAUCAAAGGCUUUGCAGUUUCCAUUUGCUGGGAAUCAUGUAGGAUAGUGAAUUCGUAUAUUGUAUUGACGGGGUAUAUGCUUAAUCCUGAUGUUUUUAGAAGGGUCCUCUUGUGCAAUAAUAAAGUCAUGUUUGGAUUGUUAACCAUA